UGACACGGCGUACGUGAUUACGUUACGUAAACUGCCGUGGUUACGUAAUGUAAGUUCAUCCUGCAGGAAGUGUGAUGUGGCUUUGACUCCCAACAAAAAUGUCAGCCAUUUUCAACUUCCAGUCACUGCUGACAGUGAUCCUUCUCCUGAUCUGUACCUGUGCCUACAUCAGAGCUUUGGCCCCCAGCCUGCUAGACAAGAACAAGACCGGGCUUCUAGGAAUUUUCUGGAAAUGUGCCCGAAUAGGUGAACGUAAGAGUCCCUGGGUGGCUUGCUGCUGUGUCAUCAUGGCUUUCAGUAUACUGUUUCUGCAGUAGCAGUUCAAAGAACAACACAAAUGGAAAUGUCGAGAAGAUGAACAGACAACAAGGCACAGACAAUGUGAUCCUCGCUGCACACCCGGAACUCCACUGGUCGUCACUUAGAUAAUGUAAAGAUGGAGACCCUUCACCACUCACCGUAGCAACUGAAAGAAAACGUGUCUGUGUAGGCGGAGGGGGUGAGCACAUAGCCCCGGAGCGUGUACGUUGUCCAUCCACAGACUUCAAGUUCUCUUUAUGUUUGCUUAUGUGGAAUGUUCACUGUUUGUGUGUGUGAGGGGGCACCAGUGCUUUCUGUUAUCUGCCUCUUAGCUCAAAGGAAAUAAUGCACAUUCUGACAUCAUUGGUGGGAUCAAGUAACAUAUUGUUUGUCCAAACAUUUCAGACACUUGCC